CCGGAAAAACCCGCUGUUUGGGAAGCAGCCCAUUGGAAUGCCAAAACAUGGCGGCCCCUGGUUUUCCCUCUUCCAACAAAACCAAACCUCUCCCCCGUGUUCCUCCAUCUAACCUUAGCCGUUUCUUGCCUUUAUAUGGGGAUUACGUACGACGGCGGCGAUCACGAUCGUGGUCCUGGUAUGAUCUCCACUCCUUUUAUCGUCGCCCGCCCCCGACAAAUGAUGCAGGAUUUCGCGCAUCCGUCCUUGGUCGGAUAGGAAACAUUUCUUUAGCUCGUUGGUCGGUAGAAGUGAGCGGAACCCGGCGCAGUUUCUUGCGCAUUUUGGUGCUUGAGUGUUUUGUGGGUUCAAUAGAUUUCUUUCUUUUGGGGGGAUUUGAGGUGUUGAUGGGGGUUACGACUGCGGUGGCCGAUAGAAAAGGUAGGGAGCGUCGCGAGUUGUCGAGAGACGAUAGUGUGAAGACGAAUAGCAAAUCGAGAAAGGAACGUCGACGCCAGAAAAAGAUGUUGCCGAUACAGAGGCUGUUCGAUACUUGUAAGGAAGUUUUUGCGGAAAGCGGAACCAAUAAAAUACCGUCUGCUCAAGAUAUACAGCGGCUAAGGGCGGUUUUAGAUGGUAUUAGACCUGGAGAUCUUGGUCUGACUCCUGAUAUGCCAUAUUUCCGGACACCUGUGACUCAGAAAUACCCAACGAUUACGUACCUGCAUCUCUGGGAAUGUGAUAAAUUUUCGAUGGGAAUCUUUUGUUUGCCACCUUCGGGUGUCAUUUCUCUACACGACCACCCUGGAAUGACGGUUUUCAGCAAGCUUCUUUUCGGGACCAUGCACAUUAAGUCGUAUGACUGGGUGGUUCAUGACACAAAUACAUCUGCAGCGAAUUCAUCACACACCGUGCCUCCUGGAGUACGUCUAGCAAAUGUCAAAGUCGAUUCCAACGUCACUGCACCCUGCGAUACGUCCAUACUUUACCCAUCAGAAGGAGGCAACAUGCAUCGCUUCACGGCAGUAAUGGCCUGUGCGGUUCUUGACGUCCUGGGUCCGCCAUACUCCGACCCUGACGGUCGACACUGCACUUACUACCAUGACUACCCAUUCGCCAAAUUCCCAGUUGCUGGGGUUGUGGUGCCAGAAGAGGAGAGAGGAAAGUAUGCAUGGCUCGAAGAGAGGGAAAAACCCGAGGAAUUGGCCGUGGAGGGUGCGAAGUACAGAGGCCCAAUGUUCGUGGAGAAUUGAUGAUCUUUGGAAAGAAAUCUCGCAAUCACAUUGCUUGUUCUCUGUGAAUGCUUUCCAUUUUAGAUAGCAGUUCAGACUUUUGUUUGGCACUUGGUGCUGCUUCUCCUCCUUUUCUUCUGGUUACACAGCAUGUUGUACAUAGAAACACAAGAGAACCGAAGAGAGUCGGCCUUCUGCCUGCAGAGCAGAGAGGAAAGCAUGGAUUUGUCUUGAGGAGAGAAUGUCAAGACUGCAAAAAUUUGUUCUCUCUGCAGAUACGAGAUCAAAUGUUGGGUGAUCUCAUGGAUUACAGGUCUCUC